CACUGUCGCACACGUUCCGCGUUCAAUGUUUUGUAAUAUUUAUGUUUGGGAAUUCUGGUCAGGGAGAUGAAUUGACUCACAGCACCGCGAUGUGUUACAGUGAUUGAGGCAGGAAGUGUUUCAGGAUAUGAAGGAACAAGUGGCCAUGUUGACUGCACUGCUCCAGGAUGAACGCAGAUCACACCAGCAGAGUUACCGUGCGUUGUUGGAUGAAUCAGAAGACAAGGCUGAAAAAUAUAGACAUCAUCAUCAGUUGGAGAUGAAGCAGCUAAUGCUGGACCACAGGACUGAAAUGAAUAAACUAGUGGAAGCUCACACCAGGACUUUAGAGGAUGAACGGAAAAGUGCUGAGGAGAGAUAUGCUCUGCUUAAAAGAGACUAUGAGUUCCUCAGAUGCUCCUUCAGACUUGACCAGGACAGUGUGUUUGAUGGCAACAGCUGUUCAAAGACUAAAGAAGAACAGGAAAGAUGCCUUAAGAAGCAACUGUUGUGGUUGAAGGAGCAGCUGAAUCAGAGUGAAGAAAAUAGUAAGAUGCAGAGAAAGGCUUUCCAGUCAGAGACUGCUGAACUUCAAGCCAAUUUUGAAGCUGAGGUUGAGGGUAUGAAGAGGCAGCUACAGGAGAAAGAUGUGACCAUUAGCUUACUUAGGGCAACUCUGCAUCAGAUUCAGGAGGAACUUAACAGAAUGACUUGCCGUUUCUCAGAGCUCGGAAAAGGGUCUUUAACAGCGCCCCAAGAUGAUCAGUGACCAGGAGCGGGCUAACAGACCAAUAUUAAGUGCCCCCUUAAAAUUAUACAUGGUUUCACUUUACUGCACUGUAUGUUACACUUCAGCAUUUAACUUUAAAUAUCAAUGCAACAUGCAAAUACCAGUGUGGUCCCAUGAGGCAAUAAAAAGUUACAGAAUUACA